UCCAAGUACGCUGAGGUGUCCAGAAACUAAUCUCAGCUGCUUCCGCAUAAAAUCCCGAAUAAUCACCCCCAAAAAAUGAUAUUUCCGUGACAAUCAAGCAAUCCCAAGUAUUGUUUACAUCCACCAGUCACGCAUUUGUUGGAGCGAGGCGAAAUCCACCCAGACGCACAACAAAAACAAAGGGAACGGCUGGUUAUUGGUGAGUUUCAGUCGGCCAUAUUUGCCCAGUCGAUUGCAAACAAUAUUCCAGGGGGAUAUUCUCAUCUGGCAGGAUGACGGAAACUAAUGGAGCUCCCAAUUCAAACACAAAAAAUGGAAAUUUCAUUUGUGGCGUUGUGGAAGGAUUUUAUGGAAGACCUUGGACGACGGAGCAGCGUAAAGAUCUCUUUCAAAAGAUGAAGAAAUGGGGGAUGGAUUCGUACCUGUACGCCCCAAAGGACGACUACAAGCACCGCGCGUACUGGCGCGACCUGUACACAGUGGAGGAGGCGGAGCACCUAACGGGCCUGAUAACGGCCGCCCGCGAGAACGGCAUAGCCUUCUACUACGCGCUCUCCCCAGGUCUGGACAUCACGUACUCGAGCGUGAAGGAGGUAACGGCCCUGAAGAGAAAGCUGGAGCAGGUCUCCCAGUUCGGUUGCGUGGCAUUCGCCCUCCUCUUCGACGACAUCGAGCCCGAGAUGAGUGAAGCCGACAAGGAGGUGUUCCAGUCGUUCGCCCACGCCCAAGUAUCAGUGACAAACGACAUCUUCCACCACCUGAACCAGCCAAAAUUCCUGCUCUGCCCGACGCAGUACUGCGCCACGAGAGCAAUGCCCAACGUCUCCACAUCAGAGUACCUGAACACCCUGGGCAGCAAAUUAGCCCAGGAAAUCGACAUAAUGUGGACAGGUCCAAAGGUGAUCUCUCGUCUGCUGACAGUGGAGUCUGUCGAGGAGAUAACCGAAGUUCUCAGACGGUCCCCAGUGAUCUGGGACAAUCUCCACGCCAACGAUUACGACCAGAAGCGAGUGUUCCUGGGUCCAUACUCAGGCAGAUCCCCAGACCUCAUUCCAAAGCUCAGAGGAGUCCUGACGAACCCCAACUGCGAGUACGGAGCCAAUUUCAUUGCUAUUCACACACUGGCGCAGUGGAGCAGGUGCAAUGUCGAUGGAAAACGUGAUCUGAGUCUCAACGACACUGUUUCUGCUGACAUUAAACUGGAGACUGAGACAGAGGACGGAGUUGUGGGUGAAGACGUACCCUCGACACUCUCUCCUAACAUGUACCAUCCCAGACAUGCUUUGAAGAAUGCUAUAAACGAUUGGCUCCCUGAGUUCAGCAAGAAGAAGGCUGCCUGGGGGGUCAUUGCCAAGCCCCAGCCAGCUGUCGCCCCCACAAUUCCCAUCCCAAUUAUUCCCUCGAUCAACACCUGCAUGAGUCUGACCACCACCACCAGCACUGCUGUCGUUUCAGUGGCGUCAGCGCCAGCUAUUUCCAAUGCUAAUCAUCUUCAGGCACUUGCUGAGGUCUGCUCCAAUGUCACUGAGAGCUUUGCACAGCCCCUUCCAGGACCAGUUAUGAAUUCUUUAAUUUCGGAGACGAAAGUCGUCAGUGAACCUGUCAUUCCCAGUGUCAAUGCCCCCAUGGGAAAUUCUGGGGUGCAGAACAGUGGAUCCACUGAGCCCAUGGAUUGUAAUACAACUCCCAGUAAUUCACCUGCUCAUGUGGCAAAAAUUCCUACUGAUGAUGACGCUAUGGUGGAGAAUACUUCCACGUGCAGUGGGACAUCGGGGAGCAUGCAGGUGGAGGUCGAUGGCACUUCUCCCACGAUCAAUGGGAAUCAGAUGAUCGUGGAGAAUGAUUCGGAGAAUCAUGAGGGCGAGGGGGGCGACGGGGGGGAGGUCAAGGAUGUGGAGAAGAGACUCACUGUCGAGGAUCUUUCGUUACUUUGUGAUCUUUUUUAUCUGCCUUUCGAGCAUGGGGGACAGGGAAUUCAGCUGCUGCAGGAGUUCAAUUGGCUCAAGAGCAAUGCUCAUGUGGUCAUCAGGAAGAGCAAGGAGGAGGAGGCUAAUUGUAAAGCUGACGUCGAGGAGUGGCAUGCACGAGCUGCUAAAAUGAACGACAUGUGCAGUUCAGUGAAUCGUUUAUUUCAACGUCUCACCUAUUGCAACAAUCGAGAAUUGCUCUACGAUCUUUACUCCUACAUUUGGGACAUGAGCGGAGUCGUAUCAUUGUUGAAUAGUUAUGUCAAGUGGUUGGCGUUUGGCAGAUUUCCAUCGACGAUGACGACAUUUACCCAGGGGAGCUACACAUGGUUCUCGAAUGGAUGGAAGGAGACGUUCAUGAGUGGAGACCAAGAGCCCUGGGUCUUCAGGGGAGGAUUGACCGCCGAUUUGCAGAGGCUCAUCCCAGUGGACAGUGGGAACGAUUUAUUCAUCUACAAGGCGCCUGAAAUUCCAACUAGUAAAAUAUACACCAUCAGACCUUAUCUGCCAUCAGACGAGGAUGCUGUUUAUGCGGUGUGCAACAGAAUAACUGGAGUCAGUGGAACGUCAGCCGUGGCGGACAGGCUCAUCGGUGGCUAUUUGACCCUCAGCCCAGAGUUUUGUAUGAUUGUGGAGGACGAUGAGGGUAUUGUGGGGUAUAUCGCAGCUUCGUUGAACGUUAAAACGUUUAAUCAGAAGAUGGCUGUGUCCUGGAUACCGGAACUGCAGGCCAAGUAUCCACUGGAGGACAUCACGAAUGAUCUGCCUUCAAGUGUUCAGGAGGCUAUAAGAUAUUUCCAUUCAUUUACAACUGAUGUCCCGGAGCAAUUGGCUCGUCAGCAUCCGUCACAGAUAAUGUGUUCAGUAUUACCUACUGUUACCGAUCAGUCCAUCCCGAAGAGACUGAUAACUUGUAUUCUUGCUGCCUUGAGAGCGAAUGGUUCAUUUGGCGUUCACACAACAAUGUCAUCAAUAGACAAAGAAUCCCACGAGUUUUACGGUAAACUAGGAUUCGUAGAUUACAAUCCCGGCCAGGAUGAGAGCCCGGGUGUCGUCGUCAUGUGCAGAAGCUUCUAACAGAGGGCCAAUUCAUCAGUAAUAUUCGUCAACAAAGUUUACCUCCUCGGACCUGCACCAGACCGAACAGUAGUUUAACUUGAGAGACAAAAAAAACUACAUCUGCGCAAAUUUUUUAAACAAACGGACAAGUUUAGGGUUGAAUUUAUACUGAAACAGGUACCACUCUGGGAGUGAAGUUUCAAUGACUCGAGAAUAACAUGUUUCAAACCCCUGCCAAGUGGAAAUUCAUGGAGAAAGGCAGCUCUCUGUAAAUAAUGUAAGAGAAUUGAGGAAUUUAUCGUGAAUGGUGAAAGGUGCGUGCCUCUUCAUAUCAUUGAUUCAUCAAAAAGUGCAAUAUUCUUUAUUGCUCCUUUAUUUUACACUGAUCUGCACAAGUUUUAUAGGAAAAAUCAUUUACUCGGCAUUUGAGGAUGAAUUGAGUCGUGAUUUUUAUUGGAGAAUAAUUUAAAAGUCGAUUGCUAUGUAAUCGAGAGAUUGAUUGAGCUAUCGUUGGCUUGAGAGUGGUAUGAUUAUGAUGUAGUUUCAGAGGGUACCAGUGAGGAUUAUUUUAUCCAACUUUUAUACUGACACAUCCUGGGGAUGAAUGCUUGUACUUCGAUUGCAUCGAGACCACUGAAUAUCAGAUCAUCCAGACGAACGUUUUUUUUUUCAGUUUCGAGACACAAAUUUGGAGCACAAUUUUUUAGCCAGUUUUUUUAAUUAUUUUUAUUUCGUUUUGGUUUAGUGAUGGGAUGAUGGUCUAGCCAGUCGUCUCGAUACCGUAAACUAUGCAUUGAACACUGUAUGAACUGCUAAUCCUUAUCAGACAACCAUGUGAUCAAUGAUUCAUCUGAAUUAAAAAAUUGUCAAGACUGA